CGUGCUCAAAAACCUGGGAGCGACAAUUUGUAAUUUGUUUCGCCGUUGGGAAAGCUUUUCUUGGUUCGAAGGAAUGCCCGACAGAUAACAUCGAAACGUUUGUCGAGGCAAUCAUUCGGCGCGAGUGAAAAGCACGCUUGGCAAUUCAUAACGCAACUGUAAAUUCCUGCCUUCGAAGGAAUUGAUUCGCUUUCCCAGUGCCGCGUCGGCUAUUUCACGGAGAAUCGCCAAACUCAGAAGAACGGCCACUGAAGAUUAAUUUUUGCCUAAAUGUGACCACGUGUCAAGAAAAAUUGCCUUUGGACACCGAUACAAUGACUUUGGAGAAAUUUCGAUGAAAAUUGUGGGUACCUAGCGGGAUUUAUGGCAACAUGUUUCUUGACUCUAUGUUUUGAGGUGUCAGUUGGACUCGCGCCGUAUAACAUUGUUAUCUGUCCCCGCGUUUGUACCCUGUAUCUUCGCAUUGAACUUCUGUCCGAUGGAAUCAAAGUUCGCUUUACUACCGUGAACAACACAAGUUCGCCGUAUUUAACAGAUCGUAAACUAGAGAUGGACGCGUUAACAGGAAUGCCCUCUGUGACGGCGGAUCCUGACAGGACUUUGACAGGCUAUACGCCUGGAAGAAACAAUCUACAGCCUUCAGGCAAUCGCGACCAACAGCCUGGAAUCAUCCCCUUGACUGGAAUCAAGCCUCAAGUUGUGGCGCCAGUUGAAGCGAGUGCUGACAGAUUUGUUAUUAACGUGAGUGGCCUGAAAUUUGAAACACACGUUCAAACGCUAGAACAAUACCCCGAGACCUUGCUAGGAAAUGCGAAUAAGCGAUCGAAGUAUUAUGAUUCCACUCGGAGUGAGUAUUUCUUCGAUCGCAAUCGUCCCGCAUUCGACGCGAUUUUGUUCUAUUAUCAAUCCGGGGGAAAACUUUUACGUCCAGCUAAUGUACCCAUGGAUGUGUUUGCUGACGAGAUUCGGUUCUACGAACUCGGAGAAGACAUUUUACACAAAGUGGAACAGGAAGAAGGGUACAUCGAGGAGGAGAAACCCAUUCUACCCGAAAAUAAAUUACAACGUAAAAUCUGGGAGUUAUUCGAGUUUCCUGAUACGUCUUUAGGAGCGCGUGUUGUUGCAAUAUUUUCGGUUGUUGUGAUUACGCUGUCUAUUGUGACAUUCUGCGUCGAGACUCUACCGCAAUUCAGGCCAAAAGAGGAGGAUGGAACAAAGCGAAGGCAACCGUGGUUUACCCUUGAAACGGCCUGCAUAAUUUGGUUCACGUUUGAAUACUUGAUGAGGCUUAUCUCGUCGCCCCAGAAGCUGGUGUUUGUGCGAUCGUUUCUAAACCUGAUCGACAUUGUAGCUAUUUUGCCUUACUAUAUAACACUACCCAUGCAAGACACCAAAGCGUCCAGUUUCGGUGUUCUCAGGGUGAUUCGGUUGGUGCGCGUGUUUCGGAUUUUUAAAUUGUCGCGGCAUUCCAGAGGACUACAAAUUUUAGGACAUACACUUCGCGCAAGCUUGCGCGAGUUAGGCCUUUUAAUUUUCUUUCUUCUUAUUGGCGUCAUCUUGUUCAGCUCGGCGGUGUAUUAUGCCGAAGGCGGCGAGGACGACUCGAAUUUUAAAAGCAUACCCGACGCUUUUUGGUGGGCUGUAGUCACAAUGACAACCGUCGGAUAUGGAGAUAUGAGGCCCAUCACAGUCUGGGGAAAGAUCGUAGGGUCGUUGUGCGCUAUUUCCGGCGUGUUGACCAUCGCUCUUCCGGUGCCCGUGAUAGUGUCGAAUUUCAACUACUUCUACCACCGCGAGAACGAGCAGAGAGCAGCCGAACAGAGCAAGAAGGAGAAGGAGCGCAAGGAAAACGAAAGACUUCAGAAAGAGAAGGAAGAAGCGGAGCAAGAACGAAAAUAUGGAGCCGUUGAUCAUAAUGGAAUGAACGGACCUGAAACUGGCAUUGAAAUGGAACUAUUAACAUCGCUAGACAGCAUUCCUUCGAAUUCUAAGGGACACAAGAACAAGGCAAACACAGCAGUUGUGGCAAAUUCAAUGCCUCUUGUGGAUUAUCCUGAUUCUACUAUACGAUUUGAAACGGGGGUGUAACGAAGAUAUUUCCCUCUUUAUUAUUUUAUAAUUUGGAGGUAUGGGGGGAAAUCGGAGUUGUACAACUGCCAGACAACAGGACUGUGUCAGAACGUUCAAGCAGAAUGAAUCGCCACAGCAGAAAUCGCCCAAGAUCGAGGAACAUGGAUGAGUGCCACUUUUCCACGUAGCACCAAUGGAAUGAAUGCGGGCGAAGCUCCGAAAUAGCGAGCACAAGAGAUUUUUCCUUGCGGCUUGUGAAAUAAUUGGAAAUAACCUGCUUGUUAUAGCAGUGUGACCAAAGAAACAGAAAAUCCAGGUAUCAUGUAAUGCUGUUAGAACAAAAAAGAAAAAAAUUACAGCAACAUAGUCUUUGCUACAUCCAAGAGUAACCACUUUGACUUCGUGAAGAGAUGGAUUCGUUUUUUUUAUAUAUGUAAAAUUCACUAAUUUAUAAUUGAUAUGCUGCACAAAGAUAGCACGCGGCGGCCAACCGGCCAAGAAUGAUGAGCCAAAAAAAUUUAGUUUGUAUUUGAAUAAAAGCUAGUAGGAAAUAACGAGUUACAUGUAGUUAGAGAGAUAGGAGAUAUUUUUUAUUCUUUCCGUGUCCGGCAACAAAGUUGUGCGGAAUAUUCUUGUUUUUCGUUUUUCAAUUCUUCGGUUCCCGUGGUGAAAAUUUUGCGAGCCUACAACCCUCGGAUUGAAUACGAAAAUUCGAACUAUUUCCAGGGUAACAGAUUUUUGCAUCUUCGAGCCCAGCAAAUGCGACUGUAAGGGCUUUCCGAGACCUGUAAACUAUCACUGAGAAACUUAAAUACCCACAACUUUUAGAUUUAACUGAAAAGAAAUUCUAGUGGUCAAGUGUAUGAACGAAGUGGUGACGAUUGUUAAGAAUUUUAGCCAAAGGCUAGAUAAGUCCGCCGUUAACGAGGCUUUCGAUAAAGACACUUUUUGUUGAAAGCAUCGAAAACAAACGAGAAAUCUAAACAAUGAAAAAGACAGAAGUACUUUGUAGAAUAACAUUGGCUAAGGGGGAUUCGUGAAAUAUGAUGUUGUGAUAUGUGACAAUAUUCUGUCAGACUCGUUGGUUACGGGUAUGACCCAAAACAAUGUAGAAUUUAAAACUUCUAUUAAAAAUAAACAUAAAAAAGAUCCUCUGGCCAAACCGGAGUUACAGGCUGGCGUAUUUGAAAUGUAUCGUGUAAUUUUGAAAGCACAGUGAGUGGAGGCCAGUCGAAUAUUACAGGCAAAAGCCAUUUUAAUACAAGUAAAAUUGAUGUGCUGGACACGCGUCUAGGAAAUGAUUAAGAACACCUUUGUAACAUUAAAAAAUUUUAUUGAAGAAA